CCACCCGCACGAGAGAACACGUUGCGCAGUUUUUGUUUAAUCUCGCGAGUGGAAUGUAGUGAUUUUAAUUCUCGGCAUUUAUUCACUAUUUAUAGAAUUCAUUUUUUUAAGUAAUUUUACUAACCUUAUUCCUUAUUUGAUAUUGAGUUCGAAGGCGCUGUUAAAAGACAUGGCAUUCUUAUCUGCUGGUGUAGCAGAUUAUUCCUCUAACGAACGGGUACCGAAAGCAGAUAACCUAUCAAAUGGAUUCAGCGAAAGAACUGAAUACAAACUCUACGUGUCUAAUUUGCCACCCGAACUAAAUGAGGAUGGCAUCCAUCAAAUUUUUAACUCAUAUGGUGAGGUUACUGGCAUCUUGUCGCCUCGCGAUGCUGGUUGGGCGUACGUGACAUACAGAAAUCACCGCGAAGCAGUCCUUGCAAUUGGAAAAUUGGACGACAAAAGUCCUUUACAUUUAAAAGUUGAGUUCUCAAAGGAGAGAAAAACGAGAAAUGUUCAGGAAUGGAAGAGACAAAAUGUGUUGGAUUCCUCACUACCAAUGGAAACUACCAAAGCGCCUGACUUUAGAGACUCUGGUGGUUUCAAUCACCGCAGCAAUGUGCCUUAUAGAAAAUUGGACAUACCUUUGCCGGAAAGACUGCGUUCUCGACAUAUUGUUUCUCCAUUUGAUGACCAGGAUGAGAUCCUUUAUCCAAUAGAACACGAUCCCAGGAUUUUAAAUCCAUUUGAAAAUCCGCUUCCAUAUCCUGAAUCAAACUUACUAUGGACCAGAGGACGGCUUGCAGUCACUGAUGACGGUAGGCGCCACGUUCACAUGGGUCGCGGGUAUGCCAUGUAUAAGAUCCCGGAACCAUAUCACCCGCGAAUCGAAGACAGUAUUUCUGCUGUGUAUGAAACACGUUCAAACGGUUUGUACGAAUUUGGAGUCGAUCAUCUCAAAAAUGAGGUUGGCAGAUGCGAGUUAUGUGGCACCAUAACUAAAAUGCGCUGCAGCAAAUGCAGCAUCUUCUAUUGUUCUCGAAUUUGCCAAAAAACUGAUUGGGAGAAACACAAGACUGAGUGCCAAGCUUUACCGCCCCUGACCGGAAUCUCAAAUCCUAUCUCGCCUACUAUGAAUGGUGACGAUCAGCUGCAAAGAUCCAACAUUCAUGUGAAGCCUGAACUAAAAGAAAGAGUAAAUAUCCUCAAUCAAAGGGCAAAAGAGUCUUUAAAUCUAAAACAGCAAGAAGAAAAGGAAAGAGACACUUCUCUCAAGACUCAAAAUUCUCGUACACCGACUGAUGUCAGCCAACAAAGCAAAAUUAGCAGGGGCACGAACGAUAUCAGAAAACCAGAAGUUUCGAAUGGAGAAACGUUGAGGCAACCGAAAAAUGUUGCGCCAGACAUUUCGAAACUCCAGCUUAGUUCUCCACCUAAACAGAUCCCCGAAUCUGAUGUGAACAACGUGACCCAAGAUAUUCCUCAGAAACAAGAAAAGCCCGCUGAAGCACCACAACAGAACAAAAGCACUGAAUCUCAGAAAUCUUCGAUUGCCUAUAAGGAAAUAGAGAAAGAGCUUGCAUGUCCGAAAAAGUCCUUUUUAUCCAAGGAUAAGUUCACACAGGUUGUCAACAUGGUAAUUUCGGGAAACGGAGAAUGUUGGGUCCAGAAAUUAGAAGACGAAGCCGAAUUCACCCAAAUGAUGCGUGAGUUAGGUGCAGAACAGAAUGCAGUGUCCCGAGAAAAGGCACCGAAGGUGAUACCAGUUAUUGGAGGAUUGAUUGCUUGCCAAUAUUAUGAAAUAUGGCAUAGAGCCUCGAUUGUGUCUUUAAAUCCUUUAGUGGUUCACUACAUGGACUACGGAAAUAACGAAGUUUUAGCGAAUGAUGAUAUCCGUCCUUUAGGUACCUUCGAAAAAGUACCUCCUUAUGCGAGAAAAAUCCGUGUCCUAAACGCCAAGGGAACAAAGUAUGAGUUGCUGAAGGAAAGUGAACAAUUGUCUGUGAAAGUGAUAUCUGAGGAUGCAGAUGGAGUUUUCUUGGUCGUCACUCCAGACCUGGAAGGGGAGAGUCCGUUCCAACCUUUCAAAUGUGGAGCAGGUUCUCAAAAUGUUCCAAGUUCUCAAAAUAGACUAUCUUCUGAAAAUGAACAAUGUACUCAAGAUAAAAGAGAAUCCAAAGAGCCUCGUAGUCAAUCUUCAACAAAAACAUCCUCACAUGAUUUUAACAAGGAACAUGAUAACAAAACUGAUGAAGCUCUGAAAAAAGUGUUGUCUACUCCAACUGGUUCUGUAAUCGACCACCUUAAAGCAAAUGAUUGUGGUAUGAUGGAAAUACAUACUCCACUUAAGAAUGACACGUAUAGCGUCACCAUAGUGCCUCAAAAAUUUCAUGAUUAUUACGAGAAGGUCGUGAUAGAAGUACCUGCAAAAUGUAUUGAAAAAGCAAAGACAACAAAUUAUCAGCCAAUGAAGGUUGGAGAGUUUAUUCUGUGCCAAAGACAAGAUGAUGACUGGCUUCGAGGAAAAGUUGUAUCUGUUGGUCCUCCAGUAAAAGUAGAAUUGGUAGAUGAAGGUAGAGUCAGUUUAACAAAACACUGUAUCCUUAUGCCGCCUUCUGUAGCCGAAAUAUGCACAUUUGGCGGUACUUGCACAUUAAUUGACAAUAAUCUCGAGAUUAAACAAGGUGGAACUGUUUUUUUCGAAGUACUUCAUACCGUGACACUUGAAGGUCAGAAAGGAUUAGAAGUAUUGAUCAAAAGUGGCGACGAAAAGACGGUUCUGGGUAAAGCAUUCCUGUCAAAGUGGAAACCUCCACCAGAGCAGGUUGGAGUUCAGAUAUUGGAAUUAAAGAGUGAUACUGAGGUAGUUCUAACUGCUUUCCGCAGUCCAUCUCUCUUAUAUGUGCGAAGUUUGGAGAACGCAGAAGUGGAACGAUUCAACAGAUUGUUGCAAGAAGUGGCCAGGAAAGCCCAAACAGCUCCAAAGCUAAAGAAGCCACCAGUCGUAGGUGAGAUGGUCAUAGCGAAGUUUAAGGAGGAUGGCAAUCAUUACAGGGCCAUAGUAAGAAAGAUUGACGGAGAUGAUAUUCACAUAACCUACGUUGACUUUGGAAAUGUCGAAGUCUCUUCAAUGAAUCACAUGCUAGAAUUGCCGACAGAAUUAAAAGCGUGUCCUUCGGGGGUAGCAAAAAUUGUUCUGAAAGGUGCACCUACGGACGUUCCUCUAACGCCAGAACUAUCCCAAUAUUUCGGGCUUCUAACCGGCCGAGAACAGCCUUUGAAAAUUGCUUUUGAAGGUAUACCUUCCAAAGAUGGUGUUGAGUUAAAAACUGCAAAUGAAAGUGUCAACGAAAAGGUUCAGCAACUACUCACGCCAAACUGGAAGAAGACUUCUGCGGAAGAAAAGACAUGUUUGACAAUGCGAGACUUGGAAACUGCAAGUUUGGGAAAAGAAGGAGAAACAGUUACUGCAGUUGUCUUACACACGCAGGACACGGGCCUUACUUAUUUUCUUUGUCCAAUGGACAUUGAAAUGAUCAGUCAUGUCUCUGAUAUCCUGCCGGGUCAGAUUGAAAAAUACGCCUCAAGUACAAAGGAGCAUUAUAUUCCGAGGGAUUUGGAACUAUGCGUCGCUCCUUUUGAAGGUUCUUGGUAUAGAGGUGCAUGCCUCAUGCGAAACGCCACACCGACAUCGAGCAGUAUUUUUUUCGUUGAUUACGGUAACAUCAGUCAGGUUGAGCACAAAGACUUGAGACUCAUGACGAAAGACUUCAUGACUCCUCCAGCCCUCGCAUGCAUUUGCAAUGUGCAGAACUUACUCCCUAAAAACUACGAGAAGGAUGUACCUAAGAAUGUAGAAGAGCGACUUGCAGCUCUGCUUGCGACAAACGAGAUAGUUAAAGUUAAAAUCAUUAACGAAGAUGCAGAAAAGAAUUACACAAUAGAACUUCCUGAUAUCCGGGAUAUUCUUUUAAAUGAGAAACUGAUCUGAAUCCACCAAAAAUACAGCCAGAAAGAAGAUACCUUUUUAUUUUUUGUACCACUAGAAAGUAAGAUUUUUCGUUCAUUAAUGUUCAUGGAGCUAUUUUAUUUUUAUUAUAAACUGAAUUUGCUAUGACGCUAUACUAUAAAAUGUUUUAGUGUAGCUAUUCAUCUCAAAGUAUAAAGAAAUACUUUCUCAUUUUACACAUUUAUGGGGGUUGUCCGCAAAAAUGUACAUGUUUUUUUUUCAAAUUUGACUAUUAUUUUAACUCUUGCCUCCGUGAAAAAUUGUUCAUUAAUAUAUUUUUUCUUGAGUAAUAAUAAUAUUAAAAGCACAAUUAAACAAACAGCGAUACAGUUUUUUGAAAAUGAGCAAAUAAAGAGACAAGUUUUC